GACAAAAUGGUGAGGAAAGGAAACUCUAUUCCAGUUCUUUCCUUGAUGCCCCUGGAAGUCCUGUUGUUUCUGAACAGCUGGUACUAUGCUGUGUACUUUGUGGCAGAGAUCCUCCUCUUCAUAUACAAAAGUCUGCUCUUACCCUAUGUAUCUCCAAACCUGACUCUGGACCUGGUGAUGCUCUUCCUGUUUCUUGGAAUUGAAGUAAUAAGAAUAUUCUUUGGGUCCAAGGGGAAUCUGUGCCAGCGGAAGUUGCCUCUGUCGAUCAGCCUGGGGCUGCUCGCUCCAUCUGCAUUGAUGGCCGUGUAUUACAUGCUGCUGCAGACCUACGUUCUGAGGGUAGAGCUGAUCAUUAAUGCUAUCCUGCUGGUCUUUUAUGUCUUAGAACUGAUUCUGGUGCUGGUGGCUUUGAUAAGCUUCUCAAGUGUCGUAGUCUAUGACUGAUGGUCUGGAAUUUCAGGCGGUAGCCCACCUGCUGGCAGCUGGAUCAUCUGUGAACUCCUCAACACAGUAACAAUCCCUGUGUUUGAUACAGCACUUUAUCACACCGAAACCUCUUAAACUGGCAAAACACUAAGAGUUACUCUUAAAUGUAGUGACUUAUCUUGGCAAAUCGUGGCUACUACCUGAGGCCGGCGAUGAGAUGAAGCUUUUUAGUGGGUGGGGCGGUGGAUAAGGAAGGAAUACUGGGUGAAACGCUUCCAGUUCGUGCCAUAGGACCUUUAACAUCCUCCAGAACCAGCAGACAGGACCUCAAUUUAACAUCUCAUCCCUACAGGACAUCAUCGCUGAACGAACGAGAUGUCGAUCACAGCAGGUCCUGAAGUCACUUUUUAAACUACCUGCAAUAACAGAAAAUUCUAUAUUUUGUAAGAGUAUUUAUCAUGUUUGUAUCCCAUUAUUUUUUUGUACUUUUACUGUUGAUCAGCUCGGGAUGUUUCUGCCCAGCAGAAUUACGAUCGAUUCGAAAAAUAAAACAAGUGCAAAGUUUUAA